UGGAAAAUACAGGACAAGUUAUUUUGCCAGUUGUAGUUUCUCAAAUGUCCAGAUCUUUGAAAUGUCUCCUCCCUGCUUCUGAAGUAUAAGCCUGUUUAAGACCCUCCUACAGGGAUUUGCACUCCAAUUUGCAAGCUGUGUGUAAUGACAAAUAGGAAGGGAGUCAGCUGUUUGAGAUCUGAAGGAAACAGUGACCUUCUUGGCUGCUUUUUCCAAAACCAAAAGAAUCUUGCAGAAGAAAAACAGGGCUGGCGGCUGGAGCUUGUUUCUUCAAGAUUUGUUGUUGUUGUUGUCAGGUCCAAAGAUGACAAGAAGCAACUGUUAAAAAAAAGGAAUUUCACAAGUUCCGAGAAGCCACAGAAAAAGCCCACCACUCCCUGAAAUCCAGUCAGAGUGGCAUCUAUGUAGUAGGAAAGGAGUGGGUGCUAACUUCUACAGUUGGAAUAUAACUUAAAAUGCAGCAGCAUCAAAAGGCUUAAAAAUGGCCAGUGUUCAGUCAAACUGCUUUCACUGCAAGGAUUCACUUUGUGGAAAACGAUACGUCAUGAAAGAAGGAAACGCUUUCUGUGUGAAAUGCUAUGACAGCUGCUUUGCUAACUUUUGUGAAAAAUGUAAGAAAGCCAUUGAAUGUGACUCAAAGGAUUUUGCUUAUAAAGGCUGCCACUGGCAUGAAACGUGCUUCAAGUGUGCCCAAUGCCACCACUCCCUGGUUGAGAAGCCUUUUGCAGCUAAAGACGAGCGCCUGCUGUGUACAACUUGUUAUUCUAAUGAAUAUUCAUCUAAGUGCUUUCACUGCAAGAGGACUAUUAUGCCUGGUUCUCGUAAAAUGGAAUUUAAAGGCAAUUGUUGGCACGAAGCUUGCUUUGUUUGCCGGUACUGCCGGCAACCACUAGGAAUGAAACCUUUGAUUACCAAGGAUGAUGACAAUUACUGUGUACCCUGUUAUGAGAAGCAAUUUGCACAAUAUUGCUACUCCUGCAAAAAGACGGUCACCAAUGGUGGGGUGACUUACCAUGACCAGCCAUGGCAUAAGGAAUGUUUUCUAUGUACUGGAUGUAAGAAGCAACUUGCAGAACAUCAAUUCAUGUCCAAAGAUGAACUUCCUUACUGCCUGGAGUGCUUCAGAGGACAUUUUGCAAAGAAGUGUGUGGCCUGCACCGAACCCAUUACUGCUCUUGGAGGAGGCAAGUUCAUCUCGUUUGAGGAGCGCCAAUGGCACAGCGACUGCUUCAAGUGCAGCCAAUGCGCCUGCUCCCUGGUGGGAAAGGGCUUCCUCAUCCAGCAAGAUAAAGUCCUCUGCAGCAAUUGUGGGUCUUCUAUAUGACUCAGGAGCUCUUCAAGGUUGCUCGUCCCUUCCCCUUCGUUAUUUUAGCCAUGCACAUAAUUGUUCACUAGUCAGAAAGCCAUCUAAGAAGAUUCAUAGUUUACAACCCCUGCAUCCAGUAUAGCUACUUUCCAUAUCAUUCCGAACAUAACAAGAGCCAGAAAAAGUUUGCGGUCAUUGUGUUUUUCUUGUAGUAGAGUGCACUCUGCUGUUAGGAAUCUGAGUCUGUACAUGAUCGUGCUAGAAUUCUCAGUGAAUAAGUUUACGCAAGAGCUGUGUUGCAAGGGAAAAAAACCCCUUCAAACUCUCCAACUGUACAAUGUUUUUUCAUUGCGUAACACAUACCUGUAAAAGUAUAACUUGGCAGGCAAUUAAGAUUCAAUGGUU